CCAUGGGGCCUGUCAAUGGUGGCGAAGCUCCUCCUUCAACAAUGGCUCUGGGGAAUGGAGCCUCAGACCCCAAAUAUGAUGAUAAAAAGCGGAUUAACAAUGCCCAAAACCAACACAACAAGAAUUUGAAUCGCAAGUUGCCUACUAAUGGUGCUCAGAGAAUGCCUGUGCGGCCAGUGUUUGGUCAGAAACCCCAGCAGCCUGCUACAUCAACCCAGACCUUGCGCAACCCGCAGAUGCCGGCCUUCCGACCUCAGAGCUGCCUGGCUCCACAUUAUUUGUCUCAUCACAGAUAUCCUACAGCCACUCAACAACCUUUACCUGUGCCACCACCUUAUAAUACUUUUCCUCCUACAAUAACGAACCUUCCACCGAGAGCUCCCACUACCUCUCCUCCCUCUCAGCAACACUCCUCAGGGGCCAACUCCUCUGGGGGCUCCUCUCAUGCUUCCGAUCAGCUGAGCAAAACAAACUUGUACAUACGCGGCCUCACCCAAAACACGACGGAUAAGGAUCUGUUCAAUCUCUGCUCACCAUAUGGACCUAUCAUUUCUACAAAAGCAAUAUUAGACAAACAGACAAAUAAAUGCAAAGGUUAUGGCUUUGUAGAUUUUGAAUCUCCUGUGGCCGCCGAGGCAGCUGUCAAAGCUCUAUCAACUCAAGGGGUGCAGGCCCAAAUGGCUAAACAACAAGAACAAGAUCCAACGAACUUGUACUUGGCCAACCUGCCUCCCUUCAUGACUGAACAAGAGCUGGAGGAAAUGCUUUCACCCUACGGAACAGUCAUUUCUACCCGCAUCCUCAGGGAUCCUGCCAUGAAUUCUAGGGGUGUUGGAUUUGCCAGGAUGGACACUCGAGAUAUGUGUGAAAUGAUAAUCCAGCGAUUUAAUGGAAAGUUGCUAGCAGGCUGUAAAGAAUCACUAUUAGUUAAAUUUGCUGAUGGAGGCAACAAAAGAAGAAAUCAAUUCAAAAACCAAGAUCAAAGGUUAUGGCAUGAAAGAUCUGAAGCUCUUCAGUUGUAUGAUCAGACUACUAUUAAUCAGAAUGGGGUGGCUUCUCAGCUCGUGAGUCCCCUGGGUUCUUAUCAGCGAUCCUAUUCCACGCCUGUAUCCCCUUACCAAUUGCAACCCGGCCCUGCUCAUGCAACCCAUCCUGCUGCUGCGCACACUGCUUGGUUGGCUACCCAAGGGCCCACCCAGUACAUCGUGCAACCCACUCAGCUUCCCACGAUGAUUCCCUCCUCCCUAGAUCCUCUGCAUUAUGGACAUAUAAUGCCUCAGAUCACCGCCCAUCUCUCUCAGCUGCAGCUUUCAGGGACUUCGUACAUGACCGGUGCUACUCCUGGGUAUCCAGGAGGCGCUUCUGGAGCGGCUCAUCACCCUCACCUUUAUCCUCAGGCAGCUGCUCAUCUCCUUGCAGCCCAGGCACCUCAACUUGCUCUUCAAGAAAAUUGAACUCACAUCUUGCAAAACUGAAAUUUGGUCGACUUAUUAACAUCCUACAGAUUCCAGUCAUGAUAACAAGAUAAACGGGGAAAGGAUUUAAGUGAACUUCAGUAUGUUUGUGUGUGAAAAGAAAAUUUUUUAUUUUGUUAUUGAUCUAAGAAGCUAUUUUUAAAGAUGACGUAUCUUGUAUCUUGACAUUUCUCAUUUUAUGAAGCUUCCCUGGUCUCGUUAAUGGAGCCACAACAGACAAAAGGAGUUGAUCCCCUUUGAAAGACGCUAUUUUCGUCAAUGCAUUCCCUUAAUGGUCAACUUCGGUGCAAGACAUGAAUGAGUUAGUGGACAUACUAAAGAUAUAGUUUUUUUAACUAAAUUAAUUCAAUGACUGACUAGAGGGAAUAGUUUCCUUUUUUUAAAUAAAUAAAAAGGUCUUCUUCAUUUGGAAAGAUGUGCUGCUAGAACAAGCCCUUUAUUUGAACUGAAGAAAACUCUAAUGUUCUGGAUUCUGCACAUCGCAAGUUCUUUUUAAAGUUUUUUUUCCCCCUUCCUCCCUUGUUCAAUGUUUGUCUGAUGGCAGUAAUGUGAUUGUGUGUCCUGUCUGUUGUCCUCAAUUAGAUGUAGAAUUUUAGCGCUUGGUCAUAGUUUAGUGUGCUCGCCAAAGGUCGGUAAACAAGGUUACCUCAUUCUGUCCGGCAUUUCGGAAGGACUGCGAAUCUGAGUUUCGGCUUAAGGAGCUGGACGUACUGAAAUGGUGCAUUCACCAUCCUGAAGUAUGACUGUCAUGUACAUAUGUAAAUUGCUUUUUUGUAGAACAGAAAUAUAGAGUGCAUAUUUAUUUAUUACUUUGAAAAGGCAUAGUUUUAAAAAAAUUAAUAGCUUCUAGUAGUGAUGAAAAGCUAUUUUUUCAUGAUUAUGUAUAUGUGAUUGAAUUGCGCAGUUGUAAAUGCUUCUUAAGACUCGGCUCCUCUUUGGACAUUGCUUUGCUCGAGAAAGUCUGAUGUCAUUAACAAAAGAACAUUUUAAGAGUUUAUUCAGAUGCCAAGAUGUGCAAAAGGAAAUUAAGAUUUUGCUUCUGGAUAUGUUACUUGUUUAUUGUGAUAUGCCUUCAUCUUGUGUGAAAUGAAAAUUUACUAUUUUAACCCUUUAUGUUGAGUUUGAGGUUGAGUAGAACGCUCAACAUGAAUGGUAUUUUUGACUUGCAAAAUAAUUGCAAAAUUUAGUUCAGCUCAACCUCAUAUUUAUGUGAAACUUCUUGUAUUAAACAGAACACAAAUGAUUUUUCCUUAAUGUUUACUUCUGCUAUUUAUUUAUUUAUUUAUUUUUAAUAAGGUUUUGAAUGAGAGUAAAAAUGCUUCCAUAGUAGAGCUGAAAAAGAAGUCUUCUGACUUUCAUAGGUUUAAUUGAUUAACAAUGAAGUCCUGAAAGUGUCUUUGUUGAUUUUAUUUAAUGUAACUUUUAACAUAAAGGGUUAAGUAGUUAAUUGCCUAAGCAUAUCCACAUAAACCAUUUCUUGUUUCACAUGUCAUUCAAUUUCCACAUUAGGGAGCAGAAAAAGAACUUCGGAAUUGCUGUAAGUAGGCGUUGAAUGUUUUUUCCCCCUUCGACAGUUUUAUCUGUCGUCGCCCUAGUGUUCUUUUGAGUGAGGUAACCCUGCCCAAGCUGCAUGUAUGAAAUCAAGCUAUGACAUGGGGCCAUUGCCUUGUUAUAACAUGGUAGUCUCAUCUGUUUUUUUUUUGGGUUCAAAACCUCUACAUUGAUGACUGCAAUAACUGUCUUUUGUAGUACAUAAUUUUAUUACUUUUGUUGUGAGAACAUCGGAUAAGCUUACGUUAUGAUCAAACAUCUCUGAAUUACUAUUUCCUUCAAGUUUUGUUUUUCAAAUACGAGUACAGUCAAUUCUCUCAAAUUCAGUCUGUUCAGAAUCAAGUGAUUGUGGAUCUUGGAAUUUGAAGAUUUAGGUUUACACAAUUAAUGGCGUUGCUUUUGAAACUUAUCUGAACAUUUAUGAUGUUAUUUCCAUCUAAAAGUAAAACUCCUCCUACAGUUUUCAGCUAUUGUUUCCUUUUCAAAACUUGUGGCAAUUUCGGCCAUUUCGAGUUUUAGGUUGAUGGGUUUGAAAGAGUUGGCUGUGGCAAGACUUAAAUAAUUUUAAUGCAUGUUAGUAUAUGCAACCAUGGUCCAAUCAUCCUGUUAGCACUUGCAUCGUCUGUAACAAUAAAUAAAAAGAAAGUGUAAGCUGAAUUUGGUUUGCCUGUUGUCACUGGUUUGGAUAUCAUUCUAUGGAGGCAAAUGGCUCUAAAUUCCCAUAUCAAAUGUAUUUAUAUAGUGUUAUUUUUCUUGUAUCCCCAUGAAAGCAGGAAAAAAUAUUUUCCAUUUUCAAGUGUGAAAUUUGUUUCUGUCGAUCGAAUUCAAGUAAUAUCAACAGUUUACAGAGUAUGAGAGGAGAACUGCAAACAAAUACCAUCUGAAACAACUUCCUACGCUUUUCGAAGAUUGUUACGGCCAAUGCACAUAUAGCUAGAUGAGUGGUACCACUAUGUCACUAAUAGUUUUUAUUCUUCGAUGUCAUGAUUGUUUUAUAAUUUUAAGUCUUUUAAAUAUGGUUAUAGCACUUCUUCAAAUCAGAAGAAAAUAAAUUUUAAUUCUUUGAUCUGACAUUCAUCAAGUUUUCUAAUGUGUAUAUAUAGAGAAACAUUGUUGUAGGUAAAUUAUUUUAAGUAACGUUUUAUGAAAAAAUCUACAGAUGAAUCUUGGUUUCAUAUUCUAGAAUCAUCGUGUGUCACUUGGUUUUUAAAAAAAAAUUAUCAGUUACUAAAAGUACUUGCAUUGAAUGUGCCCCAUCAAUAGCUUAACCAUUGCUCAUGAUAUCAUCAUGCUAGGUGCUUGGGAUUUAAAGUACCGUCCUUUGGGUAAUUUGAAUUUGAGGAGCGUUGAGUCAUUUGAGGAGACGAGGUUCUCCACCUGUCAAUUGAUUCUUAUAAGGUAGAAGAGCCUUUUUAUACGCAAGAAAAAUGUGAAAUCUUGUGGACUUGUGCCUUUUUUAGGACCUGCCUCCCAUUUUUCUCCCUGUUUGUCUUAGUGCAUUUCAAUAAAUUUCUCCUAUGCAAUUUUUUUGAUAAUCCUCUUUGCAAAUGAUUUAUAUUCUAAUAUUUCACUCAAUUCCUGUAAUUUUUUUUUUUUUCAAAUAUAAAUAUCGAACUGAAAUAGCUUUCGCAACUGAUAAGACUGGAAAACCGCAUCAAUCAUUUAAAACGUGUCAAUUUUGUACUGGUAGUAAAAACUUGUUAUGGGCCAUUCCACAGAAAGUGGUCAUUUUGUCCCGCACGUGACGCCACAUAUAUUUCAUUAAAAAUAAUACAUUAAAAUAUUUAUGAACAAAUUUUUUCUGCUUAAAUUAUGAACUUAUGCGUGAUUUCUUAAGCAAAAAAUUUUAUCAUUACCCUUUGACAUUAUUACGUUUUAAUGAAAUAUAUAAACCGUAACAUGCGGGACUAAGGGUUGACUUCUUCGUGGAAUGGCCCUAAUUGAGCUCUCAGAUUCACUUUAACAUUAUGAAUAGAUUUUUAUUAGAUUUAAAAUUGUAAUAGACUUUUGUUUGUGUACUUAAUCUAUGCUUUUUGUAAUGAAAUUGUUUGAUUACAAUUUAAAUGAUGUAUUAUAUUUAAAAUGAUUUGCAUAAGCUGCUCAACUUAAUGGUAUAUGUUUUAGAUAUAUAAAGAUCUUUUUUGACUAUAAACUAAACUGUGACACUACUUUGAAGUUAAGUGUAUUGUUAUUUUCUCUACAAAACAAUUGCCUGCAUGUAACUUGUGGGGCAUUGAGCAUGCUUUUUAUUAUAAGUUUUAAACAGUUAAGAAUUAUUGCAAAUAUAUUUUUUUGUAGGAUUCAAUAGCAUAAAUGAAAUAUUCAUAGCUUUUAUUGUUUAAACUCAGACUGCUAGUAAGGUCGAAUUCGCAUUAUAUAAAAAUUAAGGAAAUGCUUUGAAAAAAUCUCUUUAUUUUUAAAAUUUUAUAAGAUGUUUUUAGGAUUUAAUUUAAAUAUAUAUUAUUAUUUAUGACCCUGUUGAAUGUGCUUCUCUUUAUUCCUCAUUUUCAUCCGAAUGUUAUUUUAAAGAACCUUGGCAGAUAGAACUGCCUAUUGGAAAAGUUAAUUAUUGAAAAAGGACGUAGUUGGUUACAAUUUGUGUAUCGUUGUGUAUAAUUUACUCUUUUUUCAUAUUGUGAGAAAUUUUAUUCAGCAUUAUGAAAAAUGGUUCCUUUCAUAUUAAUUAAAAAAUUCUUGUUGAAAGUGGUUUGCUAUUGAAUGCUUUUACAUUUCAUAAGCUCAGUUUUGGUUACCCACAACUAUUUAUAAAAAAAAAAAGAAAAAAAAAACAAAAAAAUUACUCUUUUUGGCUAAUGUAAUAACUAAAUUUUGUUUGAAAAUUGGCAUCGAAACAAAAGUUUUCCUUCUCUUCUAUUGUUACAAAAGUUCUUAAAAAGUGGUUGAUUUAGUAUAUUGGUGCUUGUUUUUCUUUUUAUUAGGUUGGACAACCAUGAGAUAAAUUUGGAAUGAGUUUGAUGCUGCAAAAUGAAAUUUUAAAACUAAAAAUCAUCUCUCCUGAAUUUCAUCUUGUCAUAAAAUACAAUAUCAGCAUGAAAUGGGUUAUGUAUGCUUAAAUUUUCCUCCACCCCUUUGCCCCUUUCUCUCAGCCUCCCUGUUUUUUUCACCUUUGACUUAAAAUUAAGUUAAUAGCCAGCAAAAAUUGAAAUGUAAAUGGCAUUUCAAAGUGAAAUGAUAGCCUUUAAAGUUAAUGCUAAUAUGCUGAAAUAGUAUUAAUAUGUAUAUGACUAUUUACUUAUCUUCAUGACAAGUAAAAGAUGUAAUUGAUAUAUAAUGAAGCAAAUAACCAUAAUUUUCCACAUAUCAUUUUACAAACCGAAGAAAUAUGUCAGCAAAGUAUACAGUAAUAAUGGAGCAAAAAUACAGCUGGAGUAAUAUAUCACUGGAUAAACUGCAGAGCCAAAUAAAUUUUUCAGUUCAAUUUUUACAAUAUUCUGUUUUGAAUUUUUUUCCUUGCAGUUGGUUUGCAGUUUAGUCUUCCAUUUAACAUGGUGAUAAUAUAACUAAGAAUAAAUUUCAACUAGUUCAUAAAAUAGAUGAUGUUGAUGACAGCAUUGUUAUGUGUCUGAAAUGGGUUUUUUUCUUUUUUCUUUUUUUUUUUUUUUGGUAGCUGUAAUAUAUUCAUUUCCCAUUCAUUCUACAUUUUCUUUUUACCUACAGAUUUUUCAGUUGUUUCUGUUUGUAUAUAUUUUCUGUGCUGUAUUUUUAUUGAUCGAUUGUGUUGGGAUAUAGGAAGGGCCAAUAAGCAACAAUGGUGCAAAAAGAAAAGUAUCGCUGGGUUUUAUUUUUGUGUUUGGUAAUCUUAAGAAUCCUGUGUAAUGCAACAACAAUUUCUUUUUACAUCUUAUAAACAGGGUAUGAUCCAUUCCUGAUGCAUUUUGCCAAUAUUAAGCCUGAUUCUCAGCUUUCUUCUGAACAUGAACAGUUUCGAUGGAGAAGUCAUAUUUAACAUGUUUGCAACAUUCUGACCCACAAGUUGGUCACCCUGGACUUUCUUAAUAGACAUGCCAUCCUCAGGUGGGUCACCUACUAUGAAGCUUUGCAUUGCUGCUGAAAAGUCUGUAUGUGUACUGGAGACAAUUUCUUAACUGUGGCUACAUUGAUAGCGAUCAAAGGAGAAAAAAUGAACAAGUUGACAAUAACAAAGACGCGACGAAUCACUGUUAUUAAAAAUUAAUUUCACGUUCUUCAAAGUGCAGUAAAGAAAUUCAUAUUGUCGCGAACGUGUUAAGUGUUUUGAAUAACUUGAACUACAAUUUGUUCUGGCUCCAGAUAAGCCUUUAAGACUAAGAUUUUCCAUUGAAUGCAUUUUUGCUCUGGAAGAACCAGAGGCAUUUCAAGUGAAAGCUUAGACUUAUACUUCCUGGGUGGCCUGUAGCCUGUACCACAGAAAAUAAUUUUAGAACUGAGGCUGGCCAUUAAAGUUUUGGAUCUUAUAUUUCUGUACAAAUCAUCCUUGUAUAAAUUGCGAUUAAUUUUUAGGUACAUACUGGAGAGGAAAAAGAGAAUAAAUAUUUCAUUCUAAUUACUUAUGGAAUUCUUCAGAAAAUAUCCAAAUAAAUUUGAAUAAAAAGUUAUGAAAAGUGCUUUAAAUAGCAAGGUAUUCUUGCUAAAAAUACUUUUAGUUAUUGAGUGUAAUCUGCUUGCAUGGUUAAUCCUGACCCUAGCAUUAUCUUUUCAGUUUUGAACGAAACCAUAUUUUAUCAUCCCUUAAGUAAUGAGUCUUCCAAUCAAAAUUUAUAGCACUUUUUUACUCAAACAAAAUGGGGGAAAAGUUUAUUAGAGUCGGCUUCUUUCUCGGAGAGGUCGACUAAGACUGACGUUGCCCCUCGUAAAUGUGCUUUCUCUGUAAAUUUCAAAUUGCCUUUUAAAUUAUUGUGAAAUACAGUAGUACCCGUUUUCUUGUGCUGUCUUAAUUUAUUCGAAUUUGAAGAUGUCUUGUUCAUUAAGAUUAUUGUUGUCCAGUAUUUCCUGUUUAUUUUCAUGACAUGCUUCAAACUGUGUUUUCCAUUUGUAUUCUCUAUGCAAUAUCCCUUGCAUCAUUAUCUUAUAAAUUAUUAUUCACUUGGCUUAAGAUUUCCUUUGAGCUCCAUUUCAAGAAAAUGGAAUGACUUAUAAACAUCUUUUGGUGUCUCAUUUGGGUAACUCUUUGAAUGUAGAUGCCUGCAUCAUACCCGUUUCAGAAGUUAAAUUUAUCGUUGUAAACAUUUGGUUUUAUUUAAGCAAAUAAUAGAUGGGUUAAAAUGUGCUGUAGAAUACAAUUGCCUAGUGUAAAGAUAAUCCUUGGCAUCCAGUAUUAGGAUGUGAUGAUUUUGUAAAUACACAACGUCCCAUGCUCUAUAUUAAUUUGCUUUCCUGAAACUUGGAAUAAGAUUUUAAUUACUUUGAUGUACGUAGUACAAUUCAAAAUUCUUGGGACAAGUUGCAUAAAACCUUACCCUGAAUAGUUCUUAUCACCGAAGCUCAUCCACCUUCAAAAUAGUCGACUUGAGCAACUAUGCACUUCUGCUAAGGUUUGUAUAACUCUUGGGAGCCAUUUUUUGCAACCUCCCGUAAGGCCUGCGAAGCAGCUUUAACUUCAUCUGACGAAAGAAAGUGGCAUCCUUACUUUUUGAUUAUAAGUUUUGUAAAUUCUGGGAACAAGUAAAAGUCCAAUCUAGCACCAUGUUACUUUUUAGGAGGUUGCAAAAAAUGGCUUCCAGGAGUGCUUCCAAAAGUUAUUGAUGGUUGGCAGAAGUGCAUGGUCGCUCAAGGUGACCAUUUUGAAGGUGGAUGUGCUUCGGUGAUAAGAACUAUUCAGGGUAACGUUUUAUACAACUUGUCCUCGAACUUUUAGAUUGUACUACGUAUAAAUGCAAUGCUAUGGUAAAUAUUUAUAAGUUCCUUGUUAAUAAAAGUUUCUUAAACUUGAAAUUUGCUCAAAUCAUUGAUAAAUACCCAUCGAAUACUUCUAGAAAAUUCUUUGUCAUAUUGUUGCAUGUAAAAUUAUGCCAUAAAUUCACCUUUUAGGAAAAUAAUUUUGUUUGCCGUGGGAACAUUUCAUAAUAGUGUAGGCAAUUGUCUUCAGCAGCAUAUUUCAAGCCAUUGAGUUCCUAUUUUAUUUUAAUUGAAAAAAACAGCAAUAAUCUUUAAGAUCUGUUAAAAGUAGCAAAAUAUUUAUUAUGAGGACUUAGAAAUUUGACUGUGUGAGCCAUUAAUAUAUUGAACAGUAUCAUGUUAAUGAUUGUAAAAGAAGAACUAUUUUUUAAAGAUCAUAGGAGUUUGAUUUUAGAGUAAACGAAAUUAUUGUUUUUAUUUCUUUAUCUCAUGUUGAAUGUUUUUACUAAUGAAAAAAUUAGAAAUAAUGCAAUAAAAAUUGUUUUUAUAUUUCAAUGGUGGAUUGCUGCUGCAAUCUUUAACUGUCAUCAAGAUGACAACUAUUGUUAAAUUUUCUUAUACAAUGUCUUUAUUUUUUUAAAUGAAACAUUCAUUGACAUUCCUGAAUUUUAUACUGAAAAUGAAAAGAAAAAUGUUAUUAUAUGAAGUAUGUAUUGAAAACAAUUGUAGAUAUAGCCUCAGAAUUAGAUUUAAAUUAUCUAAAAUGUAUGUUCGUUGAUUUUGCAUUUUUCACUUCACCUUACCAGAUAAGGGGGCUGUCCAACUGUAUCCCAUAAAAUUUUAAAUUCUUGGAUUGUUGUAAUUAAAAAUGUAGCUCGCAGCAUUCUUGGAAUCUACAUUUGUAGUUGAUUCUUGUGUUGGUUUGUGGAGACAUUUAUAAAUUUGGAUUUCUUUCUAAUCAAUAUUUUGAGAAAAAAAAUUUUUUUGUUUAUAUCAACCUCUAUAUGGAGAAACUUGAAACAGAUCAACAGAAGCAGGAAAGAUCUAUUCUAGUUUUGGUCUCCUACACUUACAUAAAAAGUUUAGUUUUCUAUUCCUCAAUUAGAAACUUUUUAUUGAACAGCAAAAAAAAUUUGAGGUAUGAGAUUUUUUUUAAGUAUGUUGGGAAAUAAUAUGCUUUUGGAUAUGAUUUUACAUAAUCCAAAAUCUGUUUUGGAAAAUAAUAAGAAUUGGACGUUUUUAAAUUUUAGUAAGUGUAAUUUAUAUUUAAGUACAAGGAAAUCCUGUUACAAUGAACUUCGAGGGGCCACAAGUUUUGUUUUUUGAAACUGGGCUUUCGUUGUAAUGGAAUUCAACUAAUGCAGCGGAAAUUUAAUAAGUUUGAAAAUUUAUUUUGUUGAAACGGAUAUUUCGUUGAAUUGGUAUUUGUUGUAAUGGGAUUUCACUGUAUUAGUAAAAGGCAAAUGUAACAAGUUUCCAUUUUUUCAUUGGUAAAAGGUGUGACUUAUUACCCUGUAAUUUAUGUACAAUAUGUUUAAAACUUUUGCUUUGAUUUUCUUGUAUUUUUUCUCAUUAUUUUAAUGGUAUUUUUACUGUUUAUUGUUGCUUUAACUUGAUAAAUAUUACUCAUUCAUUACUGCAACCUUUCCUUUGUAUUUUGUUUUAAAAGAGAAUUUCUCUAGUUAAAGGCAAAAAAGAAAGUGGAAAUUUAAUUGUUUUCCUGUAAUUUCAAGAAAAACAUUGAAUUAUGAUCUAAAACUAGCCUUUGAAUCUGGUAUUUAGUUGACACAUGAAAACACUUCAAUCACACAUUCCCAUAAUUUUUAUUUGAUUUGAAGAGUUGGACUGCCCUAUAUUACAGCCUAAAUAUGCGCUGCGUAAAUACAAAUAGAACACAUUCCAUAGUUUGAAAAAAAAAGAACGAAAUCUUUGUUGCUUGAAUACCAAAGUUUUUAUUUUCAUACAUGCUUGUGUUUCGUGUAUGUCUGUCUCCCUUCCAAUGUGUUGCACCUCUAAAUAAAAAAUUUUCUUUUUUUGUCUCU